AUGGAGGUCAUUAUCAGCGUUGAGAUACUCAUCCUUUUGUUAACAUUUACUAUUGCUUUACUUGCAUACCAGCUUACAAGGACGCAACCAAGGAAGACCAUAAACCCCCGGAACCGGCGUCCCAUAGACAUUCUUUACGACCCGGAAGACGAUCCUGAUAAUCCAAAACGAGUGACUGUCGAUAUCGUUGCAGUCCACAGCCUAGAUGGUCUCGGCUCGAAUGUUGACGGACCUUGGACCUGGUCAUCAGGCCAACCUAAAGAGCCAGUGCAUUGGCUUAGAGAUAGCAACAUGCUUCGACGCAAGAUCCCCACUGCCCGAAUCAUGACAUUCAACUACGACUCUACAUGGAUAACCAAUGCUCCUCAAACGCGCGUCGAGUUGCAUGGCGAAGACUUGAUCCGCAGCUUGCAUAAUAUUAGACAGGAUAAACAACGUCCUGUAGUUUUUGUUGCUCAUGGAUUUGGCGGGUUGGUUGUCCAGGAAUGUGAGCAGGGCCUUAUCUUUGCUCUUUGCGACACAGAAUUUGAAGACAUCCUCCAUAGUACCGCCGGCUUCGUUUCGCUAGGAACACCCUUUCGAGGAAUCAAUAUCCACUGGGCUGCCGACCUGAUAGCGAGAGUUAUGUGGUGCUUUGGUUCCAACCGUGGUAUGUUGUCUGUGUUAGCUUAUGACAACCCUCAACUUCGAGACAAAGUACAGAGGUUGCCGUUCCGACUGAACUUCUUUAAAGCAAUCGUUGUUGCCGAAGCAUCAGCUUGCGUACCUGGAGAUGAGCGUGUUCCACUUCAAGCCGACCACCACGAACUCAGCCAGUACUCAGGUCCCGAGAACCGAUUGUAUCUGAGUGUUUCUACCGCAAUCGUUAAGAUGUGUGAGGAUGCAUCGACGGUUACCAAUGGACAACAUCAUGGGGACGGGCCUCCACCAAUGGGUAAUUGGAUGGUUCCUUUCGAACGUAAAGGAGGGUUCGUCGGGCACCAGGGAUUCCUAGACGGCCAUCUUGAAAGAACAACCCCAAACUGCAUGAAAUAUGGAGGCCAGAAGACCGGCAUUGAAGGUUUCGAUGGUGUUGGAAAGACCCAUAUUGCCCUGCAAGUUAACUUGCAACCCUGA